AUGUCGUUUGAUAUGGAAGUACUGCGGGAGGCACUCCUUCGGGCUCAGUACAGCAGGCGAACUAUCCCACAACUUUCGGACUUCCCCACCUGCGUCUCUGAAGAGGAGGUGCAGCAGAUUUAUCUUCCAUUUUUAGCGGAUGAGGAAUCGCAAGUUAGGAAAGGGCUGGCAGUCGGUUCAGUGGAGAUUAUUGGUUACCGUCGUAGUGAGGAGUUAACUAUCGCUGGGGAUUGCAUAGCCGCGGCAUUACCUGUCGCCAGUAUAUUAUCAAAUGCACCUUACCUUCUUUGA